AUGUACACGAACUGUGCCAAUUUCCGCGAAAUUUCGCAAUUCUGCCUGGCUCAAGACACACUAUUUCUUGCGUUUCACUUCAAUUUUUUGCUCACAAAUGGCGGACGAGCGGCGAUGAUCUGCUGGCUGCUGGGCGUGUUGUCGGCCUGGCCCCUCCUCCUUCCGAUCGAUGCUGGGGACGGCGCUUAUACACCGAACGCGGCCGACGGCAGUUGCAGUGUAACGCGCACAAUGACAGAGGUCGGCGGUUCGUACAAGGAUUCCCUUACCCAG